ACUUCCCCGUCGAAGUCUUCGUUGAAUCCGAAGUACCAUUUCAAGAACUCUGUCGAGACAGAAGCUUUGCGCAAGGGAGCUGCGUAGAAAACGUCGGCGGUGACUGCAAUCGUUCAGGAUAUUUUAACUAAUGUUUGGAAGCGUUAGUACGACGCAGACGUUCUUCUUAACACUCCCAAGAGCCAUGGUUUUUUUAUAGUGCUGAAGCGCUAUCACCUACAGUGCUGAGCGUACCAAACCUAUAGGAAAAAAGUUAAUGGGCAUAACUUUGCAAGAUCAGUCACAAUCGAAUGACUGUGCGAGUAAAAGAAAUAUUCAUGCAAAAGGCACUGUAUUGAGAAGAAAAUUAAGGCAUACGCAAAGAAAAACAUCAAUCAGAGCAAGUAGGCCUGCUUUGACUGAUAAGGCUUCUCAUUUGGUAAGACAGCUCUGAAAUCAAGCAGCAAGCGAUACUUCCGUGUAUUCUGUAAGAUAAGGAUGUCAUCUUGAGCUGGAAGCAAGGCAAUAUUGGAAUCUGUACGUGGAAAUCAUCCUGAACAAGGCUUUGACAACCGGAGAGACAGCGCAUGGCAGCAAGAAGUGGAGAAGACGUUGGUUAACGACUUUAUAGUACAUAAAAUUCUAUAUAUAAAGGAAAUAAAUAUAGCAAAAGUAUUUUCAAACAAAUCCCCUGUCUAGUAUAGGACGGAGGCGCGAAACAGUAUGUGCGCAUGACAUAAGAGGGGUCACAACAUAGCAGGCAGGAGAGUGUGAAGCCACACCGGUACGGGAUCCGUGAAAAUUUACGUGCUGGACUGAACACUGAUGAACGGAAAUAUAUCUCAGGAAUAAGAAUAAGAGCCGUCACAUUGCGCCAGCCAGAGCAUUACCGAAACUUCCAGAGACUAAGGAGCGGAGAGAAGUGAUCAAGAUGGCAGCACAUACCUUCGUGACUUUGGAUUAUGUUGUACUCAUUUCUUUCCUGCUACUGUCCGCCGGAAUCGGCGUGUACUUCGCCUGGCACGACCGCCGAGGAAAUUCGAACCGACAGUUUCUAACGGCGAACAGGCAACUGAACUGGCUUCCAGUGUCGAUGUCAAUGAUGGCGAGCUUCCUCUCAGCGGCUUCGGUCUUAGGAAUACCUGCUGAAGUGUUCGUCCGUGGUUCAACCUUUUGGUACGGUUCUAUAUCUACAACUCUGGCAAUUCUCAUGGCUGCGUUCAUAUUCAUGCCGAUGUACUACAAUAUGGACAUCACCAGCAUUAACGAGUAUCUGGAGAAGAGGUAUUCCUCACGGGCCGUCAGGAAGAUAGGGUCCAUACUGUUCAUCGUUCAUACACUGCUCUACCUGGGCGUGGCGUUAUAUGGUCCAUCACUGGCCCUUGGAUCUGUGACCGGUUUGCCGGUAUGGUCCUCCAUACUGCUGAAUGGUGCCGUCUGCACGUUUUACACGUCAAUAGGUGGUAUCAAGGCAGUGGUAUGGACCGACGUUGUCCAAGUGGUCCUCAUAUACAUCGCAUACAUCAUGGUCAUCGGAUCUGGCUUGCACUACUUGGGAGGCUUCAGUGCUAUGUGGCAGAUCGCCGGUGAUGGAGGCCGUUUGAUAUUUACAAACUUUAGCCUUAGCCCGUACGAGACAUAUACGACAUGGACAAUGGUAUUCGGCUGGACCGUCACCUGGAUGGGCAUGUACUGCGCUAAUCAAACACAGGCGCAGCGCUAUGCCAGCAUCGGAUCACUCAAGGGUGCCCGAAUAGCUCUGUUGCUGAACAUACCGGGCACGAUCCUUAAUGUAACAAUGGCCGUGUUGUCGGGACUUACCCUGUACGCGGUAUAUGGCAACUGUGAUCCACGGCUCACUGGUGACAUCCGCAAAGCAGACCAGCUUGUGCCGUACAUUGUGCAAGACAUGCUACACCAGUACCCUGGACUGAGUGGUUUACUGGCUACAGCUGUGUACAGCAGCUCUCUGAGUACGCUGUCAUCCGGGUACAAUUCUUUAGCAGCAGUGACCUGGGAGGACUUUAUGCGGCCUUGGAUAAAGUCCUCCGAAGCAACAACUUUGCGGAUAACCAAGUUAACUGCUGCUUCGUACGGGCUUCUAUCAAUAGCAGUCGCAGUCCUAGUCGGCACCAUGGAGUCCAUAGUACAGGCUGCCUCAUCCCUGUCAGGUGCCUUGUGUGGCCCGAUGGUUGCCGUCUUUGUCUUGGGCUUCCUUUUCCCGUGCUGCAAGAAAAAGGGUGUCAUCGUGGGAACUUUCAUAUCGAUAAUCAUAUCCGGCUGGAUGUCACUCGGAUCUAUUCUACAUCCGAGGAAGCCGUACACACUUCCCACCACCACCGCUGGAUGUUCGCAUUUCAACGAGACGAUCACAUCGGGGUCAUACGAGUCGCCUCCGUGGCCAAGUGGGAUUUACCAGUUCUACCACAUCUCGUUUAUGUGGGUGGCCUUCGUCGGGUUCGUCGUGCACCUAAUUGUCUCAUUAGCCGUCAGCCUGGCCUUUGAAUGGCGUGGGUCGGAAGUCGUAGACCCUACUUACGUCUGCCCUCUGGUCAGGAAGUACAUGCGCAACAAACCGGAAACUAGCGACGAGAGGGACGAGAAGAUCAAAGAGAGACUGUCAAUGAAUCCUGCGACAACGAUGGAACUGAAAACCUUCAUCUUCGAUUCUAACCAACGAGCGGAAGCGUAGUAGUCCGAGUGUUCAUCGGGAGCAAAGCAGCGUUCGCCUUCUUAAAUGAGAAGAUGGCCAGUCUCUGCGCUAAAUGAAGCUGCUUAUAUCUAGUCACAACUUAUAUUCACAGAAGAAGAGCCGACCGACAAAAACAUCUCUUGCUUUCCCACUUUGGUUUUCAUGUUAUGGCUCGAAGUAUUACAAGAACAUAUGCAGGUUUUCCCUCAGAAUACAUGUAAAGAUGAAAAAAAAAAGUUCGUGGAGCGCACACCUUGAAGCAGGUACAAAUAAAGGUUUUAAGAUGUUGUGAA